AUGUAUGAUGGCGCCAGCUAUGUUACAAUAGUCACCCCCAAAGUCACAUUUCUCUCCAAGUUUCCACCAAUUCUGGGUGCCAUUGCGUACUCGUGGUUCUAUCGCUUCAAGAUCAUAACCAACAGGAUUUUGGGUGGGCGAGGGUUCUAUUACUCGACUGCCAAUCCCAGUGGGAAGAUUCUCCAAGUUGUCUCGGAGAUGGUUGAUAGAGGGGAGAUUAAACCAGUCAUUGAUGCGGUGUACGGUCUUGACGAGAUAGUUGCUGCCCAUCAGCACGUCGAAGAAGGACACACUAGGGGGAAAGUUGUGGUCACCAUGCCCUGA